AUGACUUCUCGUCCGGGGGCGUCUUCAGAUGCCCCGCUUAGAGCGUCAUCGCCCUCCAACAGCCUCUAUGCCAUGAGUGACGACGACGAGGGCGGCUACGACACAAUCGCCAGUACCGGCAGCCAGAGGGGGGUCAAGCUUCUAUAUUCAAAAAGCAAGGUCUACGUUCAUCCCACGUCAUCCUCCAAGGACAACAUCUCAGGAUACAUUGCCCUUCUGCAGCAAAAAUCCACAUUACGGACAUCUUCUUCGACACGCGAAAUCGACUCCAUAGCCUCAGCUGACCUCUUGCUGGCCUGGGUGCCAGAGUCCUCCUUGGGAGAUUCGGAGAGCGUCUACGUCAAGGUUGACCUGUGCGAGGGGGACGAGCCCCCGAAGCAGUCAUACCUCGUGCGUCCCCCGCCAACGGUGACGAGCGUCCACUCUGCCGGAGGAUAUGCCUUUGCCGUGCCCGUCAGCGCCAUAUACUCGCUUCAAGUUCGCCCGCCUAACCUAGGGUGGUGGUAUGGAUCCAUCAUCAUCAACUCCCGAGCGGGCGACAGCUUCCCUCCGCUGUUCUUCCACGACAACGAGUGUCAGAGUACGAUACUCCAGAAGAAGAAGCUGGCGCGCGAUACGUUUGAUCCCUUUGGUGAGGGUGGGCACAUGUUUUGGGGUGGCGACGAGGUGGUCAAGUGGCUGAAGAGAUAUGUCCAGAUGGAGAGGUCGGCCGCCGAGCCCAACGUAUACCUCAUCGAGCCCAGCAAGGAGGAUGCCUUGUCCUUUGGCAGCGGAGCGCCCGGCCCCUCCGCGGCUCCUGGACAACGCGCCGGUCAAGGCUCCGCGCAGGGGGGAGGAGGCGGCAGGCCUCAGCCGGACCCCCUUGCUAAGUUCCUCAGGGACGCGGGAUGGAACCUAAUGAAUCAGUUCAGCAAGGUUACCACGUUCACACGCCGGGCCGCCCAGGACCUCGCCGAAAACCCCAAUGUGCCUCCCCAGGUCAAGAGGCUGCUUCGUACGCCAGAGGUGCAGACAUUGCAGGACGAGUUUGACAGCGCGAAGAUCUACCUUGCCCGAUGGGCCAUGGGCAUCGCAGAGCAGAGCGAGCGCGACCGGCGUAGCCGCAUGUGGACAGCCACAGACGUCAUGGAACUCGAAGAUACAGACGUCGGGGAGUUUGAGCUUCUCGACGGUACCAGUGGCCUGUCAGUUGAGGACAUGAGGAAGCCCGUCACGCUUAAAGAGUGGCAAGGCUUUUUCAAUCCGCAGACUGGCCACCUCUCCAUCACGGCGGACGAGGUCAAGGACCGCAUCUUCCACGGUGGGCUAGACCCCGAGGAUGGCGUCCGCAAGGAGGCAUGGCUCUUCCUCCUGGGUGUGUACGACUGGUACAGCUCCGCCGACGAGCGCAAGGCCCAGAUUGCCUCCCUCCGUGACCAGUACUAUAGGCUCAAGCUGGCCUGGUGGGAGCGCCUCGAUGGUGACGGAGGCCAAGGCGAGGCGGGCGAGUGGUGGCGCGAGCAGAGGAGCCGCAUCGAAAAGGACGUGCACCGCACCGACCGCUCGGUGCCCAUCUUCGAGGGUGAGGACACGCCACACCCGGACCCCAACUCGCCCUUUGCCGACGUCGGCACGAAUGUUCACCUCGAACAACUCAAGGAGAUGCUCCUCGCGUACAACGAGUACAACAGGGAGCUCGGCUAUGUCCAGGGCAUGUCGGACCUGCUAGCACCCAUCUACGCCGUGAUCCAGGACGACGCCGUCGCCUUCUGGGCGUUUCAGAAGUUUAUGGAGCGCAUGGAGCGCAACUUCCUGCGCGACCAGUCAGGCAUGCGCACGCAGCUCCUGACGCUGGACCAGCUGGUACACUUCAUGGACCCCAAGCUCUGGGACCACCUGCAGGCCGCCGACAGCACAAAUUUCUUCUUCUUCUUUCGCAUGAUCCUUGUGUGGUAUAAACGCGAGUUCCCCUGGAUGGAUAUCCUGCGUCUAUGGGAGGCCCUCUGGACGGACCGUCUGAGUGCCAAUUUCCACCUGUUUAUCGCCAUGGCCAUUCUCGAGAAGCAUCGUGAUGUCAUCAUGACUCAUCUCAAGCACUUUGACGAGGUGCUCAAAUACAUCAACGAGCUCAGCAACACAAUGGACCUCGAGUCCACCCUCAUCAAGGCUGAGGCGCUGUUCCGUCGAUUCCAGCGGCUCGUCGAGGUUGUUGACAAGAAGCACAACUUUCCUGCCCCAUCAAAGAAGGAUACAGCAACGUCGAGCAGCGUCAAUGCGGCAGCGUCUUCGUCUACGCCGCCUAAUAACCGCGGCCACCAGCACAGUGCAAGCUCUCAGAAGAACAAGGACGAGACACAAGGGAUCACGCCCGAGCUUCGGGUGCUGCUCAGUCGGAAAGUGGAGGUUCUUCCACGGACAGAGGUGGCGCAGAAGGGUGAUGGCAUGUCGGCGCUCUAG